CAGCUGAUUCAUUUCGCGCCAUUUAUUGUUAUUUGUGAUUUAACGACCCACGACUUGAAAUUAAGACUGCGAUUAAUAAGAGCAAUGACUACUUUAAUAGAACAGUUGAUAACGAAGAUGGGUCUGCGGGAGGAGCCCAAUGUGAUGGAGAAAACCACUGAAUUGGUGCGUCUACUGGAGCUGCGCUCCACAAAUGUCCCCCUGCAGAUCAACGAGUAUGGCAAGAUAGUCCUGUGCGCGGACCUCGCCUCCUGUCUGCUGGGCAUCGGGUUUGAAAAGGAGCAGGCCCUUAAGUUGUCUGGAUUGCGCAAGAGCCACUACCUCAACAACAAGCGGAUGUUCGAGAAGCUCCUGGACCUGAACAAACUGGCCAGCGUGAACGACAUAUGUGUGCAGCUGGGCCUCAACGAGGUGACCCGCAAGGCGGAGGAGCUGAUGACCCUCUUCAAGGCCGUGGCGGCCACCGAGGACACGGGCACCGACACCACACAUCCGCAGUACGCAGCCAUGGCCGUCUUCCAGGCCUGUCGCCUGCUCAAGAAAAAGGUCUCCAAGACCAAGCUCAUGCCCUUUAGCAACCUUCGUCCCACCCAGUUCCAACAGCUCGAGCAGCAGUGGAGUCUCAUGAUAGCCAAGCACCACAAAGAUGUAAAAGUACAAGCCUCCUCCGAUUUGGAUGGGAAACUUAAGGAAAGUCAACAGGAGAAUAUCAAGGGCCUAGAGGGCAAGAAGGCGCAGAAGCCUCAGACGGAGGACUACGAUACAUGGAAGGCGCGAAUGCUGGCCACAGCGCAGGCUCGGCUGAAGGAACAGGAAAGUUCGGAGCCCAAUCCGGAUAAUCAGCUUCUGGAGGCUUAAGCAUUUGGAUUACAUUAUGACUAAUAUAUAAGCCAUUCCCAUGAAAGAUCCAGUUUGUCAUUAGAAAUAAUUAUUUAUUACAUUGAAUAUUACCAUUAAUUGUAGUUUAAAAUAUAAGAAAGAUUCCUAAGUAACGAAAUGCCAAUUUUUCUCUUCUUGGCCCUCUGGAAUUCUUAGUUGACCAUUUCGUCAAGAAUUUUGUUAACCUUGUCAUCCCGUUUCAAAAGUUAUGCUUUUAAAUAAAACAAAAAAAUCCGAUUAAAAAAGUAUCAUUUUGAAAAAGAUAAAUACACAUGUAUUCAGACAAUAACUCGAUCAAAAUAUGAAAAAAAAAUUCAAAAUAAUAUAGAAUAAGUCGAUCAAACAAGGAGUAACUUUUAGUUUGUAUCCCUUUUAGCCACAUUAUCGUAUAAACUUGUUUUUAACAUUAGUAACACUGAUUUAUUGUAUUGAAAUUCUUCAUUAGUUUUAGGUACGUGCAUAUAAAAGUAAAAAAAUACCUAUUUAAAUAAAAAUUGUCGCGGUUUGUUGAUGCCGAGUAAGUGA